CCGACAGCACAAAAGAACGGGACAGAUUGGGCAAACUGGGGCAGGAAUUCCUUUUAAAAAAGACAACUGCUCUUUAAUCUGCUGUUUUUGCAAUUUGACCUUAAAAAAUAAUAAUAAUAAUUAAGGUUAGAGCAAAUACCAAUUCGAUUUCCCCCUUCAAAUAUUCCAUUUGAGGGAUAAAUUCCUACCUAGGCGUGUUCCAACUUUCGGAGUUUGGACAAGCUGGGAAAUUGAGCGCGCUCCUGACCAGUGAAAUUUUUGUGUGUGUGAAUCCACCAUGGUGAUGUUCAAGAAAAUCAAGGCCUUCGCGCUGGUGUUCAGCGAGGCUGACAAAGUCUACACCAGCGGGGAGAGCGUGGCCGGCCACGUCGAGGUGGAAGUGGCCGAAGUCACCAAGGUCACCGCCGUCAAAAUCCUGGCUUGCGGGGUGGCCAAAGUCCUGUGGAUCAAAGGGCCGCAGCAGUGCAAGCAGGAGAUGGAAUACCUGCGCUGCGAAGAAGUCCUCAGCCCAGAGGACCACCUCGUUGAUGAAGAUGGUUCUAUGAUCCUGAGACCAGGAAAUAUCUUCAAAUACAAAUUUGAAUUCAAGCUGCCCCAAGGACCCCUUGGUACAACCUUCAAGGGCAAGUAUGGCUGUGUUGAUUAUUGGGUGAAGGCUUUCUUGGAUCGCCCAACCUUUCCGACUCAAGAGAUAAAAAAGCGCUUUGAGGUCAUGGAUCAGAUUGACGUCAGCGCUCCUGAUCUUCAGAUGCCCGUCUCUGCUAAGAAGGAAAAGAAAGUGUCCUGUAUGUUCAUCCCUGAUGGGCGUGUGUCCGUUAGCGCCAGGAUCGACCGCAAAGGCUUCUGUGAAGGUGAUGACAUCUGCAUCAAUGCUGAUUUUGAGAACACCUGCUCCCGGAUUGUGGUGCCCAAGGCAGCCAUUGUCGCCAAGCACACCUACCUGGCCAAUGGGCAGACCAAGGUCUUCUCCCAGAAGCUCUCCUGCGUCAGAGGCAAUCACAUCAUCUCUGGCACGUGUGAGUCCUGGCGUGGCAAGACCCUCCGGGUCAAGAAGAUCAAACCAUCCAUUCUAGGCUGCAACAUCCUACGUGUAGAGUACUUCCUUCAGAUCUACGUCAGUGUCCCGGGUUCCAAGAAGAUCAUCUUGGAGCUGCCCCUCGUCAUUGGCAGCAAAUCCUCCAGCAUCGGCAGCCGCAGCUCCAGCAUGGCUAGCCAGACUAGUUCUGAGAUGAGCUGGGUGGACCUCAAUAUCCCUGAUGCCCCAGAAGCACCUCCUUGCUACCUGGACAUUGUCUCUGAAGACCACCGUCUGGAGUGUCCCACUACCCCUCUUAUAGACGAGCUGGACAACUCCUUUGACAGCCCUAUCUUCAUGUAUGCUCCGGAGUUCAAGUUCAUGCCUCCACCCACCUACACAGAGGUGGAUCCUUGCACUGCCAACAACAACGUCCAGUGAACGACCAACCAAAGAAGCAACUUCAUGCAGUUGUCUUUUUCUCCAGUUUUUCCUGGACUUUUAAUAAUUGCACUUGCAGAGAGUAUACACCAGGCAGAAAAUCCCUGAUGGAAAAAAGGGAAGGACGUUCUCAUGGUGUCACGGCUUCUUGUGGAAGGAGCUGAAUUGAAUGGCUUUCUUAAUGCCUCAGUCUACAUACUUGGCACAGGCUAAGAAAGAAGCUGUGGGGGUCAGUUUUGUGCCUGAGCUUUGGCCUUCUCCCCCAAAGCCUUUUCUCCCCCACAAACCGACAGGUGCUGAAAUAAAACUUUGAACAUGCAACUGUGGGGUAGAGGCAGGCGUGAACGCUCUUAGGGAAAGUGUUUGGUGUUCCUUUUGGGCAAGUAGAGGUGAUCAGUGGCUUGGAAGAGAUCCCACUGAAUAACAAAACAUGGCCGUCAGAGUGCCAUAGACAUGUCGAUGAUAUUUUGUGUUGGAAAUCAAAAAGUGUUUCGAACGUGAUUUAGAUACAAGGGGGGGUUGUCUGGAGAUUUCGAUAAGGAAAACAAGAUUUUUAGCAGUUUAUAUUUGUGUUUUUCCAAGUAAAAGUUAUUUCUCAGACUAUAAAACCUAACACCUUAAUCUUGAGGACACUUAGAAGAAUGUCUGGAGGAAGUUGCUGUAACACUCAUAGGUGUUACUGGAGAUGUUGGAUGGGUUUUGCUCAUCAGCAGUAGGUGAAGAAGGGAAGAGGUGAAAAUAGAAAUGUGUAGCAGGUGAUGAACGUUUUAGGUGGCAAUAAACACUCCAAAGGGAGAAUAACUCCGACUUUUCAACAAGCAAUGGAUUUGUUUAUGUUUGUUUCUGUAUUGUUGAAUGCACAACUGAAAACACUGUUUUAGAAGUGCAGGUUUCUAAAAACAACUUCUUUAAAGUAUUGUAAUGGACUGUUUUUGUAACAUUUGAUUUCUGUCUUUCUCCUAAGCAUGUAAGCAGCCAACUUUCUGUGAAGAAGAGAAAAAAAUCUCUAUGCCUAUUUCCUUUUCUAAUACUUUUGCUGUUAUGUGGAUAAACCAGUGUUGAUAUUUUUGGGGCAUGGGGCAGGUUGUUAGCAUUGGAUGGUGCAGGGGCAAGAUUCGUGGCCUUUUGAGUGGGGGGAACACUCCUCUUCUUCCUCCUCCCCCCACUCUGAUAAGUUUAUCAAGCAUUCCCUUGCUUCUUUAGAAUCAAAAGCCCAGCAGUAUAUAGAAACGACCCCACCCCAUCCUGUGUUCUCUAGCAAAUAACUUGGUUUAUCCACCACUGACAGAGGAAAAAUGCACUUUUUCAAAAGUUUCUUAAUAGCACUGCAUAUCCAAAGUGUUAAACGAUCCCAAGUUUUGUCACACACAAAAAACUUGUUGGUCAUAAAUUUGGGUGUACUGAACCCGUUUCUACUGUGUUUUUGUGUUUUAAUGUUAUACUUUUUUUUGUAUUGGUUUAAAACUUAAAUAUGUUUUGUACUAUUAUAAGCCUCCUUUUGGGGCAACAUUUAUAAUAAAUGUUCAAAAUUAC